UUGAUUGGGCACGGAAUGCCUAGAGCUGGAAAAUUCCAAUCGUAAGAAAACUUUGGAGGCUAGCGACCAGCGAGCAAUAUUAUAGCAGUAUUAGGCUAUUAGCAUCAUUAGCGUGGCAGUACGGCACGCCGUACGACCGAGUUUAUCCCCAACCACAACCGACGCUACAAGCAAAACUCAAGGUUCGCUAUUCCACCGCUGCGACUCCUUCCGUCUUUCUUGCCUAAGCCAAAGGCUGAAACAUGAUGAUGUGGGACGAUUGGGGCGAUUGCCACCAGGACCAAGACCAAGACUCAGACUCGCACCUUAAUUUCGAUUUCCUUUCCCUUGUAUCCAAGCCCAAGGAUUACUAUAAAAUACUGGAGGUGGACUAUGAUGCCAGCGACGACGCAAUUCGCUCCAAUUACAUACGCCUCGCUCUGAAAUGGCAUCCGGAUAAGCAAAAAAACCAGGAUAGUGCGACUUCGAUAUUUCAAGAGAUAAAUGAGGCUUACCACGUUUUGAGUGAUCCUGUCAGGAGGAGAGAAUAUGACAAGAAAGAGAUGCUUUAUGUCCAUGAUUAUAACAUAAUCGAUUAUCUUAAUCGCUACAAGGGCCUUAUAUUAACAUGUAAUGGUCUUGGGAUUAGAAAUUCAAUCUGGUAAAUCUAAAACCGCUAUGCAUUUGCAUUGCCACAACUGUUCCUCAUACAUGGCAACACUAUUAAAUUUGCCGAGUAUCCGUUAGCAACUAACACUGUGGAGUAUGAAGAGCAGCACAUUAAGAAUGCACUGCGGAGUUGUAGGCGCAUGUGCAUUAAUAUGGUAGACAUUGAUAGUUUAAUGACCAGUGUAACAUCAUGUAUCUGUCGUCUCAUCGCUUUUGAGGGUAGCGAUCUUGCUGAUAUCUUAUGGUGAUUUUUUUAGCUUCUCAUAAUGUGGUCGUUGUAGUUAUCAGUGGUGGUUUGUUUUAUUCAACCGGAAAAACAGCUGUUAGUGAAUAAUUGGGAUUGAGUGAUGUUCAAGCCAAUUCAAAGCAAA